CCGGCUUCCGCAGACGGCGCUGGUGGGCGAUCGUGCGGCGCCGGAGGACGUUCCCCGCGGUUGGAGCCAUGGAGAUGCCUUUGCCGCCCGAUGACCAGGAGCUUCGAAAUGUCAUCGACAAGCUGGCUCAGUUCGUGGCUCGCAACGGUCCCGAGUUUGAGAAAAUGACAAUGGAGAAGCAGAAGGACAACCCGAAAUUCUCGUUUCUGUUUGGAGGCGAGUUUUACAGUUACUACAAGUGCAAGCUGGCGUUGGAGCAGCAGCAGCUCAUCUGCAAGCAGCAGGCCCCCGAGCUGGAGCCCGCAGCAGCCCUACCGCCCCUGCAGCAGCCCCCGCUGGCUCCUGCCACCCCCAUCGCGCCGACCCAGGGCACCCCCUCCAUGGACGAGCUCAUCCAGCAGAGCCAGUGGAACCUCCAGCAGCAGGAGCAGCACCUGCUGGCCCUCAGACAGGAGCAGGUGACGGCGGCUGUGGCCCAUGCAGUAGAGCAGCAGAUGCAGAAGCUCCUGGAGGAGACCCAGCUGGACAUGAAUGAGUUCGACAACCUGCUGCAGCCCAUCAUUGACACGUGCACCAAGGAUGCCAUCUCGGCCGGGAAGAACUGGAUGUUCAGCAAUGCCAAGUCCCCGCCACACUGCGAGCUGAUGGCUGGCCACCUCCGGAACCGCAUCACGGCCGACGGCGCACACUUCGAGCUGCGGCUGCACCUCAUCUACCUGAUCAACGACGUGCUGCACCACUGCCAGCGCAAGCAGGCCCGGGAGCUGCUGGCCGCCCUGCAGAAGGUGGUGGUGCCCAUCUACUGCACUAGCUUCUUGGCCGUGGAGGAGGACAAACAGCAGAAGAUCGCCCGGCUCCUGCAGCUCUGGGAGAAGAAUGGCUACUUUGAUGACUCGAUCAUUCAGCAGUUACAGAGUCCAGCCUUGGGGCUUGGCCAGUACCAGGCGACCCUCAUCAACGAGUACUCCUCGGUGGUGCAGCCAGUGCAGCUGGCCUUCCAGCAGCAGAUCCAGACCCUCAAAACGCAGCACGAGGAGUUCGUCAACAGCCUGGCCCAGCAGCAGCAGCAGCAGCAACAGCAGCAGCAGAUCCAGAUGCCGCAAAUGGAAGCCGAGGUCAAGGCCACACCACCGCCUCCUGCUCCACCCCCAGCCCCAGCUCCCGCCCCGGCCAUCCCACCCACCACCCAGCCUGAUGACAACAAGCCUCCUAUCCAAAUGCCCGGUUCUUCAGAGUACGACGCUGCAGGAGGGGUCCAGGAUCCUGCAGCUGCCGGCCCCCGGGGUCCCGGGCCCCAUGACCAGAUCCCGCCUAACAAGCCCCCUUGGUUUGACCAGCCCCACCCUGUUGCUCCUUGGGGCCAACAGCAGCCUCCCGAGCAGCCCCCCUACCCGCACCACCAGGGUGGGCCACCCCACUGCCCGCCCUGGAACAACAGCCACGAGGGAGUAUGGGGCGAGCAGCGCGGGGACCCUGGCUGGAACGGCCAGCGUGAUGCACCCUGGAGCAGCCAGCCCGACCCCUCCUGGAACAGCCAGUUUGAAGGCCCCUGGAACAGCCAGCACGAGCAGCCACCCUGGGGCGGGGGCCAGCGUGAGCCGCCCUUCCGCAUGCAGCGGCCACCACCCUUCCGUGGGCCUUUCCCACCCCACCAGCAGCACCCUCAGUUCAGCCAGCCGCCACACCCCCACAACUUCAACCGCUUCCCACCCCGCUUCCUGCAGGACGACUUCCCCCCACGGCACCCCUUCGAGCGGCCGCCCUAUCCCCACCGCUUCGACUACCCCCAGGGCGACUUCCCCGCUGAGAUGGGACCCCCUCACCACCACCCUGGCCACCGCAUGCCCCAUCCUGGGAUCAACGAGCACCCACCCUGGGCUGGGCCUCAGCACCCCGACUUCGGCCCUCCCCCGCACGGCUUCAAUGGGCAGCCCCCCCACAUGCGGCGACAAGGCCCUCCCCACAUCAACCACGAUGACCCCAGCCUGGUCCCCAACGUGCCCUACUUUGAUCUCCCUGCUGGACUGAUGGCCCCCCUCGUGAAGCUGGAAGAUCACGAGUACAAGCCUUUGGACCCUAAAGACAUCCGCCUCCCACCCCCCAUGCCGCCCAGCGAGAGACUGCUGGCGGCCGUGGAGGCCUUUUACAGCCCGCCCUCCCACGACAGGCCCAGGAACAGCGAAGGCUGGGAGCAGAAUGGCCUCUACGAGUUCUUCAGAGCAAAAAUGCGGGCCCGGCGGAGGAAAGGCCAGGAAAAGAGGAACAGUGGACCCUCGAGGUCUCGGAGCAGAUCCAAGAGUCGAGGGCGCUCUUCCUCCCGCUCCAACUCGAGAUCCUCCAAGUCGUCGGGCUCAUACUCAAGGUCAAUGUCGCGCUCCUGCUCCCGUUCCUACUCUCGCUCCAGGUCCAGGAGCCAGAGCAGAUCACGCUCCUCGAGAAGCCGCUCUCGGUCCCGGUCCAGGUCCCGGUCCAAGUCGUACUCCCCAGGAAGGAGACGUCGAUCGCGGUCCAGGAGCCCCACCCCGCCUUCCUCGGCUGGUCUGGGUUCUAAUUCAGCACUUCCCAUACCUGACUCAAGGCUCGGAGAAGAGAACAAGGGACAUCAGAUGCUGGUGAAGAUGGGCUGGAGCGGCUCUGGUGGCCUUGGUGUGAAAGAGCAGGGAAUCCAGGACCCCAUCAAGGGGGGAGAUGUCCGGGAUAAGUGGGACCAGUACAAGGGCGUGGGCGUGGCCCUGGACGACCCCUAUGAGAACUACCGCAGGAAUAAGAGCUACUCCUUCAUCGCCCGCAUGAAGGCCAGGGACGAGUUCUCCACGAUUGGGGUGCGACAGGAAGAGAAGGAAGACUAACGCAUGCCUAGUGAGGAGCGUCGCGCGCGACGGCCUGGACGGGGCUCGGGCUCCGGAGGUGCCACGGCCACCACGGCUGUGAGCUCGUUUUCCUUUACAGCAAAGCAAGAACCACAAGACCCUCCACUCCCCGAAUAAGAAUGCUUCCUACCUACAGGAGUGGCUGGUGCGCGUCUGCCCUAAGUCAGAUCUGAGUUUCCUCUCAGACCGCGGGAGCAUGCGGAGGAGCGGCCCUGCGCGAGCAGCCGGACAGGUCGGGCCAGCUCUGACCCACUACCCCUCGCUGUGCAGUGACACAGCCAAGGCCAGGCUCCAGGACUGCUCAUGAUUGAAAAUGGAAACACAAAAUCUUUGUGAUUUGCAAAGUUAAGCAGGGUUUUCAUUUUUACUCCAAUUGGUUUAGUUUUAGAGAAAAGAAUUUUACUCUAAGGUGAUCCCCAGUGAGAUCAUUUGAAGCCUGAUUUCUCUAAGAUAUACUGGCCCUUAGUUCAGUUGCUUUAGUUGUGUAAGUUGAUAUUUUUUUUUUCUCAAAUGUUAGCCAUUUGCUAUUAUCUGGAGAAAUGAAAAGUUCUAAGGAAACAGGUCCAAGGCAUCUUCAGGGCAAGGAAUGGCGCUGAGAAUCUCAUACUUCAUGCCCUGCUUGCGUUUUUCACUUAGAAGCAGCCCCACACCAGCACUUGUGUGUGAAAGCCCGUUCAGACCCAGAGUGUAGAGCACGACCACCCAGCUAGGCCUCUUGCUCUCUCCUUCAUCUGCAUACCCCAGCCCAGCCCAGGGGGGAGCCACCUCUGCCAGGCUGGAAGCUUCUGGGUGACCUGCUGGGAUCGACCACACGUGGUGUCCUCGGGCAACUUGGUGCAGUGCCGUUUAUUUGUAUAGAAACAUUUUUGAAAAAUCCUUUUCACUAAGAUGCAAAGUCCUCUCCAACUUUUCAACCUGAUGUGAUAAAAUACUCAAUUUUCUUCUAGAUUUCCUGUAGCUGUGAAUUGUUCAAAAGUAUCUGAUUCAGGAGAAAAUGUACACACAUGCUGUUAAUGAUUUCUUGUGGGUUUUACUGUUUUGCCUUCAAAUAAAGACUUUUUUUAAAGA